ACAAACACAAUUUAAAUGUGAGACUCGACUUCGACUCAACAUAAGCAGUGAUCAAUGCUUCCAAAAUGUUGUCGAAAAGAAGUCUAGGAGUGUUCGUGGCAGUAAAUUUAAUUGUUUUAGCUUGUAGUGCCAAUAAAACCUACCACAUUCCGAGUAUUCGCGCAAAUUGGUUCAAAGCGAACGAGUUCUGCAACUCGCUGCGAAUGCGGCUGGUCACGAUAAAAUCCGCAGCCGAAAACAACGCCCUGGCCGAGUUUAUCCGCGCGACGGACAAGUUUUCGGAGGACAACUGCAGCUUCUGGAUCGGCGGUAGCGACCUGGCCGAGGAGGGCACGUUCAUCUGGACGGGGACGGGGGAACGCGUGACGUACACCAACUGGCGCCGGGGCGAACCGAACAACGAGCACGGGGAGGAGGAUUGCCUUCAGUUGGCGUACAUUCCGGGCUGGGAGUACUUUUGGCACUGGAAUGAUAACCGGUGCGCCGGACAGUCGCUUUACUUUGUGUGCGAGGAGGUGCCGUGCGAUUGUGUGGCGCCGUUUUAA